AUGACCACCACCGACCCCGCCCAUAUAGAAGAAAAGGUCGCAAACGAUGACGACGCUGCGUACACUCUCGAAGUCGAGGAGGCAAAAUCACCAAUGCCGACUGCCAUGACAGACAAAGAUUGCAUGACCGUCCCUGAACCUGAAUCUGAACCCGACGCAGGCAUCCAGCUCAGCUGGAGAUCCUGGAUUGUCGUGUUCACUACCUGCUUCGCCAUUGUCGCGCAGGUCUUUGUCGUGACGGCCGCUGGAUCCGUGAUCGCGUUCAUCGUCCGCGAUUUGGGCGGUGGAAAUGCGAUUGCGGGAUGGGUGAUUCAAGGACCCCUCCUCAUGCAAAGCGUCCUCUCGCCCAUCGUCGGCCGACUCAGCGACGUCCUCGAUCGGAAAUACCUCGCUUCCAUCCCGCCUCUCGUCGCGUUCAUCGGCGCCGUCAUCUCCGCCAAGGCGACGUCCAUGUCGAUGCUGAUCGGAGGCGGCGUCUUGAUCGGCACGACGCUCUCCACUAUCGCCAUCGUCCAGGCCAUCCCGAGUGAGAUCUUGCCUAUGAAGUACCGUGCGCUGGCGAAUGGGUUCUGCUAUCUCGGGGGAGCGAUCGGCGGGAUCUCAGGAGGCCUUGUCGCUGGCGGAGUUACCAAAGUCAGAGCGUCAGGAUGGCGAGAUAUCUUCUGGAUACAGGCCGGGCUACAUCUUGCGACGUCUGCCGGAUUGCUGAUCUUUUACCACCCCCCUGGCGACUAUGCUUGGUCCGAUCCUCAUGUCGCCGCGAAUCUUGCCGUCGGUCUGGUAUUCUUUGCAUUUUUCUGUUUAUACGAAUGGAAAGGUCGCAACGACGGCCUGGUUGCCCACGUCUUCUUCAAAGGAUCGCCCAACUUCGGUCUCUCUGUCUUUGGAUUUGCCGUCGAAGGAUGGCUCUUCUACAGCGCCGUCAACAGCAUCAUUCCCCAGAUCAUCCUCUAUCUGGGAUUCGAGACGGAUGCCUUUCUCAUUUCUCUUCGGGGGCUGGCCUGCUCGGGGCCGGCGGCCAUUACUUCCAUGUUGAUCACGCUGUACUCUACCAAAACUAAAGAUCUGAAAUGGCCAGUGAUCUUCUCAUUCGUCUUUUUCUUAAUCGGAUCGAUAUGCUACGCGGUGAUAACGCCCCAAAUGAACAGAGCCCAGAUCGGCUUCAGCGUCUUGAUCGGCAUUGGCUUGGCCGGUCCGUUGACGCUCCUCAUCGCCCUGGUGCAGUUCACAGCACCCCACGUCCACCUGUCGACAGCAACAGGACUCGCAUUCUCAGCUCGAGCCAUCGGAGGAGCGUUCGGCUCUGCCGUCCUCGACGCCAUCAUCCAAGGCACCCUUAGCUCAUCCUGGGCGCCAGCGGUCAGCCACGCGGCUGUCCAGUCCGGUUUACCGACCUCGUCCCUUCCAGCCCUUCUCGAAGCGAUGCAGGCAGGAGCCGGGAUUGCAGACGUGCCAGGCGUCAAUGCUUCCAUCGUGGCUAGCGCAGAGGCCGCCGGCCAUCAGGCUUAUGCUCAUGCGUAUCAUCUGGCCUGGGCGAGCAUCGUCCCGUUUGUUGCGCUCGGGAUCGUCGCCGUGGCCUGCUUGAAGGGCGUGAAGCAUUUGAUGACUGAGAAGAUCGAGGCGACGGUGGAGCAUGUGAGACAAGCAGAUGAAGAAGUGGCAUAA